CAUUCCUCAGAGAGGCAACCUGAAAGCCAGUAUGAACAAGGCCAGAGCUGAUAUUAACUACUACAUCCCAUCCAAGACAAGCCGAGGUUUGGCCGUUAUAGACUGGGAGGAAUGGCGCCCCCUAUGGGACAGAAACUGGGGCACUAAGAGAAUCUACCAGACUUUAUCUGUGGCCCAUGUUCUGCAGACUAACCGCUCCCUCACACUGCAGCAGGCCACAGAAAAAGCCAAACAACAGUUUCAGCUGGCAGCCAGAAGUUUGAUGUCAAGGAUGGUGGCAAUGGGCAGAGCUAUGAGACCCAACUAUCUCUGGGGUUUCUACCUGUUUCCUAACUGCUAUAACUAUGGCUGGUUGGACCCAGACUACACAGGCCAGUGCUCCAAGGAGGUGAGGGAGCAGAAUGAUGAGCUACUGUGGCUGUGGGAGUCCAGCACUGCCCUCUACCCCUCUGUGUAUUUGCAGGCCUCUUUGGCAGACAAUCCUCGAGCCGCCCUUAUGGUGAGAAACCGUGUCCAGGAAGCUUUGAGAGUGUCCGCCCUGCCAAGACAGAGUGGCACAGCACCCGUGUUUGUUUAUACGCGACCUGUUUUCAUUGAUCAGAACCGACACUUCCUCAGUCAGGGGGACUUGGUCAGCACCAUUGGGGAGAGUGCAGCAGUGGGAGCAUCUGGUGCUGUGCUGUGGGGGGCCAGUGCUGACUAUGAUGACCAGGCAUCCUGUGAAUCCCUCGCAUCCUACCUCUCCUCCACCCUCAACCCUUACAUCACCAAUGUCACCGCAGCCACCCAGCUCUGCAGCAACUUCCUGUGCCAGGGGAACGGCCGCUGUGUCCGCAAAAACUACAACUCCAAUCACUACCUCCACCUAAACCCUGAGAAUUUCAGGGUCGUGCAUGUUAAGAACCGCUACCUUGUUCUAGGGAGACCUACCUUAGCAGACCUGAAGACUUUGAGCAGGAGAUUUACCUGCCAAUGCUACAAAGGAUUGAGCUGCACUCCCAGGACAUACAGUGAGCUUGCCAAAGCCCUGAUAUUUAGUGUAAAACAGGGGCUGCACCAAAAAGCCCAUUCCUUGAAUAAAGCUGUGUUGGAUGAUCCACAACAAGCUAGUAUCACUAAGGACAAUAUUAAAAAGAACUUGAAAGUUUAG